GGAGAAUACCAUGAUAGAUCAUCUUCUCACUCUGCAGGAAUCACAGCCUCAAUAUUACAGUGAUCAUAUCAUCAAAGGCCUUGUUCUGGCAAUGCUGUUCGCGGGCACAGAUUCUUCUGCCGUGACGUUAGAAUGGUCACUGUCAAAUUUAUUAAACCACCCAGAAAUGUUGAAAAAAGCAAGAGAUGAAUUGGACUUUAACGUCGGAAAAGAUCGCUUGGUAAACGAGUCAGACCUUCCAAAACUGACAUACCUUAAGAAGAUAAUACUCGAAACACUGAGAUUGCACCCUCCUGCUCCACUGGCAAUACCACACGUGUCCUCGGAAGACGUCAUCAUUGAGGGAUUCAACGUUCCACGAGACACCCUAGUGAUGGCUAACAUCUGGGCCAUGCACAGAGACCCAGCGACGUGGACUGAAGCGACAAGUUUCAAACCGGAGAGGUUUGAUGAAGAGGGAUUGGAGAAAAAGGUAGUUGCGUUUGGAAUGGGAAGAAGGGCUUGACCAGGAGAAGGUUUGGCUCUGCAAAACGUUGGAUUAACUUUGGGAUUGUUGAUUCAGUGCUUUGAUUGGAAACGAGUAAAUGAGGAAGAGAUCGAUAUGAGAGAGGCAAACUGGUUCACCUUGUCGAGAUUAACUCCAUUGAAUGCCAUGUGUAAAGCUCGACCACUUGUUAACGAGAUUAGCUUCAACUAAUGAUGUUCAUCACUGGAUGUUCUAUCUGUCAACUUCAUAAUAACUGUCAUGUACGAUGGUAAGACCUGUCAUAUAUA